UGAACAUCACCAUCGCCCCGACAGCAACACCACGCCGCUGCUACCUGACGAAACUCGCCGCUGCACUCUGCACGCUAUCGAACCCACCAUUAUUCUCCAGGCGAGCACCGGCAUGGGCGGGGCACAGAGCUCGGAAUCCACGGGCACGCCUUUUGUCCCAACCAAGAUCCUGAGCGUCAAGGACACCAUCCUCGUGGACAUGAUGAACGGGCCAGAUAACAGCAAGGUGGUUAGCUACUGCGUCACCGAUCCCGAUUUGGAGGACAACCCAAUCAUUUUCUGCAGCGACGGUUUCGCGGAGUUCACGGGCUAUGCAAAGGAGGAGGUCGAGGGAAGAAACUGCCGCUUCCUACAGGGGGCAAAGACGGACCCGGGGGAUAUCGCCAAGAUCCGAGAAGCCGUCAAGCAAAACAAGGAGGCAUGCUUGUGUCUCCUCAACUACAAGAAGGAUGGCUCCACCUUCCACAACCAGUUCUUUUUGACCCCCUUGUUUGACGAAGCGGGGACGCUAGCCUAUUUCCUGGGAAUCCAAGUGCAAGUGAAGACAGCGUCGGAUGGACAGGAGCCCGAGAACCCGGGCUGGAUCUACACGAUGGGGCUCCACGCAUGACGGCGUUGAUAAGAUUGGUGUGAUCUGUACCUAUUAUCAUCGAUGGCCGUGAC